AUGAUACGCAGUAAAAAACACAGUUAUACUUUUUCAGUCGCUCGUUGGAUCUGGUUUUCUUUCUUUCUUUGCAAAGUGAUACAUCACAAAUGGCACUUGCUUCCUCCUAAAAUGGAAACUGCUUUUUUGAAUGGAAGAAAAACGACUGAAUUUUCACUCAGGAAUUCCCAACCUCCUAAAAGCCAUCUUCAGUUGCCAUUGCAGCUGUCUGCAUAUGAAAUUCCCAAUACUACAACUACACCUCUUUCUGUUCCUUCUGUAAAUCCUGCUAAAUCCAAAUCUAGAAGAAACAAUGGCUCCAAGAAUAAUGGUAAUAAUGAGAAACGCUUUCAAUGCCGAAGUUGUGGCAAGUCUUUUUCUUUGGCACACAACCUCAAGCAACAUGUCCGCACCCAUACUGGUGAGCGGCCAUUCAAAUGUGAUUACUGCCAGGCCAGGUUCUCAAAGUCGAGCAUCCUGAUUGUCCACUUGCGUAGACACACUGGAGAGAAGCCAUAUGGAUGUAAGAACUGUCGACGUAUGUUCACGCACUUGACACAGCUGCACAGACAUUUAAAAGUCUGCCGGGCUACAGGCACAGAUAGUUCAUACCCUACUGACUUGUCACUGUCAGAUAUGACUAGAGUCAUAUCCCUGGGGCCAAACAGCUUUAAGAAGUUAACUAUGCCAAAACCAACAACUUCUUUUAUUAAUAUUGACUCAAGCAAGACAAAUAGCAAAGGCACUAAUGAUAAAUGUAUUAAGAAAGGCAACAAGAAAAAGGAGAAUUAUGCUGUGGAUAAUGAGUCACCUUAUGUUGCUAAACUGGCUGUUUCUUCUUCAACAUCUGCCAUUGAUGUUAGCGAUUUUCAACCUCAAUUGCUGCAGUCUAAUCAUAACCCUAACUAUUCAGUCAUCUUAGACACCCAAGGUAAUCUAUACAUGAAACCAGAAGUGAACACAUUUUCUUGCUGA